AUGGCACGCCGUAUUGACGUUCAUCAUCAUUAUCUCCCCCCCGCCUACCUGAAAGCUCUCGAGGAGGCUGGUGGCGAUCCUUCUGGAUUUCACACACCCUCUUGGUCCAUUGAGGCUGACCAACAGCUUUGCGAUGACUAUGGCAUUGAAACGGCCAUCUUAUCAGUCACCGCACCAGGUGCGGGUAUCGUGAAGGGCGCUAAGUCUACCCAGGUGGCGAGAGAAUGCAAUGAGUUUGGCAAAACGCUAAGGGAUAAAUACCCUAAGAAGUAUGGGUUUUUUGCUGCGCUGCCCGAUGUUCUCGAUACUCAGGCGGCUUUGGAGGAGAUUCGAUAUGCCCUUGAUGAGCUGCAAGCCGACGGAGUAACCCUUUUCACCCGCUAUGGAGACGCAAACUACUACCUAGGCCAUCCUGAUAUCCAGCCUAUCUGGGAGGAGCUAGAUCGGCGCGCCGCAGUGGUCUUUAUCCAUCCAACCCAUGCAGUGGAUACGAACCUCAUCAACAAGAUGCUUCCACAGCCUUUUAUUGACUAUCCGCACGAGACCACUCGGACAGCUGUCGAUCUGAUCACCACCGAUACGGUCCGCAAAUACAAGAACUGCAAGAUUAUACUCUCUCACGGCGGCGGUACCUUGCCUUACCUUGCGUUGCGUCCAGCGAUUGCCCUGAAGGACACCAGGCUCUCAAGCAUGACGCGCGAGCACUUUCUGGAAAAUGCACGAAUGUUUUACUAUGACCUGGCCCUUACGGACGCAAACUUUGCUCUACCACUUCUGCAAAAAUUCGCUUCACCGGAUCACAUUCUCUAUGGUAGUGAUUUUCCCUAUGCACCAACCACUUCCAUCAACUUUUUCAGCAAGGAUCUGGCCAAAGCCGAUAUUUCGGAUGAAGCGGCGGAGAAGAUGAAUUAUGGUAACGCGCUGAACCUAUUCCCUCGCCUUCGCUAG